AGAAACAUUUUUUGAAUAAUACUAUUGAAUAACAAUAAUUGAAUGUAAAAAUAAUAGUGAUAUUUCUCACAUUUCAGCUCAAAAUAAUCACUUAUAAAUUUUAAUAUACAUAGUUUAUAAAAUGUUUUUAAUAUAAACGAAGAUUAGUUCAAGAUAAAAGAGAAAUAAAAAUUUACGAGUAUAAAAUAAUCAUUCUACACAUGACGAGGGUGUCAUUUGUGAGUCAAGGCAGUUUUUUAAAACAUUCUAGAUCUUUAAUCUUUGAUAUGCAAACAGAGGCCUGCAACAGGAUUAGAUUUCCUAGAUUUCCUAGAGAUGUCAAAUUUUUUUUUAGAAAAAGCAUAGAAAAUGCUCUUUUGCCAGAUGUUCGUAAUAUUAAAAAAAAUAAAAAUAAAAAUGCCCUAAACAUUUAAUAAUAUCUACAGAGUGUUAUAACUUUAUUAUAUGUUACGUGUGUGCUUCUCUUGUUUCAAGUUUUUCGAUUAAAGCCUUUCUUCAUAUGACCUGAUGUCUUGACUCAUAUUUCGCUUGGACGAACAAUCUUCCGUUGCGUUCACACGAUAUCUUUCGAAUGUUUGAAAAACGAAACUAAAUUUUUCGACGUAAAGAUUUUGGAAGUUUCUAGAAAAAGUUUACAUAGACGAUUGCUGUCGGCGGCAGCGUCAAUUACAAGAUACCGAGAUGAACUGGAAAGAGAGGGAUACGAUCAUAUUCUGCCAAGAAAAAGAAGUACACGUUCAUGUUGGUGCAUGAGGCCUGGAACGUCAGAAUAUAAAUGUGAAUCUUUGCCGAUGUUUUUUCCAUUGGAAUCGAUAUGCUAAGCGGAUGGACGGACGGAUACAUCAGUGAGUUGGUAGCAUCGCGAUCGAUAUACAGUCUUGAUAAAGGAAGGCACUGUGACCGGUCGCUCGAGACGAAGAGGAUGCUAAAGAAGCAAGGAAAGAGAGGAAGGAAGAGGAGGAGGGAAGAAGAGGAAGAGGAGCCGUGUGGCGGUUUUAGAUCCAGUGAUAUAGGUGGCACGAUAUAUAAGCCGCUCGUUCGCUCGUCCGCGUCUCCGUCCAUGGUCGGGCAUACAUAAUCGGUUAACCGUUUACGUGACACGACACCGCGCUGAGUCGAUCGGUGACGAGCAGCAACGCGGCGCCUCAAGGGAAAAAACACGGCAUUUCGAUAGAGAAGCGGCCGGUCGGUCGGUCGGCAAGAUACGACCGGUGUAUAUAAGCCAUAGAUGGAUCCCUCGUGCGUUUCAGUUGCCUGAAAACCCUUAUAAGUCCUGAACGGUCUCUUCUUUUCUAUACUAGCGCGUCCUUUUCCAUUAGCGAGCCCUUAAUUUCUUUUUCUUUCGCCUGCCCUACUUGCUUCGCGCAUUCCUCUUUCAUGUCUCCCGGGUUUGCCCCGUUCUCCAAUCUUCUACGUCGCUCGUCCGUCCCUUACAGCCUUCCAGUUAUAGGUCUCUCAUAUGCACGUCGCUGAUGCACACGUGCACUUACAUACUAACUAAAUUGUAUCGCGCAUUCAUUAUCGCUCUUCUUUCUAUCUCUCUCUUUAUCCCGUUUUCUCGUGCGUCACGCACUGUCCUUGUCCUUGUCCUUGUCCUGUCCCUUCAGGAGGUCUCCUUGCCCUUUUUUGUCCCGGCUACUGGCAAACGCGCGCAUCACCGUCUUCUUCGCCAGUAGCUUUCUUCCUCUCUUCUUCUCUUCAUCCUCUAUCAAGUCUAACUCUUUCUCUUUUUCUUUCUUUUUUCUAACUUUUAUUCUCGUCAGCCUUUUCUGGCAUUUCCUACCGUUUUGCUUUUGCACGCUUGUUUAUUUCUCCCACAGCAAAGGUGCGCGAUUACUUUUGUGUAUAUUGUAUUUUUGCUUUGUAAUUGAACCGUUCAAUUCAUGUGUAUCGUCCCCACCAUCCGAUCACUAUGGAGGCAGUGAGUUAGAUCUGGAAAGACUUUCGACGAAGCGCGGAGAACAACACGUUGUGUCUCGCAAAGUUGGGUGCAAGUGUGUAUGGUGUUUUGUAUUGAUUAAAAUUUUUGAAUGUUGCGAUCGAUCGCCUUAAUAUUCAAUUUAAUACUUCAUCUUUUGUAUUUUAAUAUUUUUGUUGUGUUUCAACAUUUUUCUUUGUACUUUUACAUUUUUUGCGUGUGAAAUAGUUGUAUCGUCCCAGUAAACUCUAUGGGAGACGGAUGCCAUAAAACAGAAGAAGAGAACUCGCGAGGAAACUUGCGUCUAUUUGUACGUCAAGAUAAGAAAGCUGAAGGAAAAGCACGGAACACCGAAAUAAGAAUUGACAAUGUUGGAAUGGUGCGUCGCGAUUGCAACCACCCUGCUGGCUCUCCUCGUCUAUUUUGCGUAUUUCUUCAAAUUCAAUUGGGUGAAAGAUCUGAGAAAUGAGAGUACCACGCGGCCAACUGGUGGCAUUUGGUACGCGGGUGUCAAAAAGAGGAGGAAAGUGGGUAAUCUACCGCCGGUUUAUCCAAAUGGAUGGUUUGCUCUACUCGAAAGUACGCAAAUAAAAAAGGGUCAGGUAAAACACGUAUCGGCGCUUAGUGAAAAUUUCGCGGUAUUCAGAACCGAAAGAGGCGUUGUCAACAUUUUAGACGCGUACUGCCCGCAUUUAGGGGCAAAUAUGGCCGAGGGUGGUCGUGUCAAGGGAGACUGCCUGGAAUGCCCUUUCCACAGCUGGACAUUUCGCGGAGAGGACGGCUACUGUGCGAAUAUACCUUAUACUGAAAAGGUUCCGCACAUUGCUCGAGCGAAAGUUUGGAAGUGCUGCGAAGUGAAUCACCUUAUCUUUGUCUGGUACCACUCUGAAUCAGCUGAGCCGGACUGGCAACCUCAGCCGCACACACAAAUCACCAAUGGGACAUGGCGCUUUCAAGGUCGUAAUGAGUACCUCAUUAAUUGCCACAUACAGGAAAUAGCUGAAAAUGGGGCCGAUCCCGCACAUCUCAACGCUGUACACGGUCCGGCCAUGUUUCUCCCUGGCAAUUUGUCCUGGCUAGCACAGCACGUGUGGAUUGUCAAUAGUGGAUGGCGGCCGCACUGCUCGAAAACGGACGAAGAUGCAACAAACGCAGACGCGGAAGCUGUAAAGAUACGUGCCAAAUUAAACAGUGUAUUAAUCGACCCAAUCAAAAAUAGCAACGAGAAUCGUCAACUUGCAAUCGUGGAAAAUGGUUUCGACAAAAGGGAAAAGCACAAGGCUGGCCUGCGCAUGUGUCACAAGUUGGUCCUGCUGAAUAGCUUGAACUUGAUGGAGAUUGAGGUGCACGCCGAGCAGAUUGGACCUAGCUACGUCGAGCUGGUGAUCAACACAUCUUUUGGGUCUUUCUGCAUUUUGCAGACGGUAACACCGAUCGAGCCACUGUUGCAGCGAGUGACUCAUCAGAUCUUCUCGCCACCUCUGCUUACACCGUACGCCAAUCUGAUCUUUUUAGCCGAGUGUGUAAUGUUUGAACGCGACAUCAAAAUCUGGAAUUACAAGAAAUACGAGCGGCAACCAAUCCUGGUGCGCGAAGACCGUGCUAUUCUCGCGUACCGCCGUUGGUACUCGCAAUUUUACUCUGACAAUAGUCCCACCUAUCAGAUAGCCAUGAAGGAUCUGCAAUGGUAGCCUAAUAUUCCUUUUCGAAAAUGUAUACUUUUUAUUAUAUUUCCAGUGUUGAAGUAGAUGCGUAUAACAUUUGUUUUAAAAAAUGCGUUUGAUAUGUAUUAAUUAUAUAGUAAGUAAUUGUUGACCUUUAAAAGAAGAUUAAAUCUUCAUUAGACGAUGCAUCUUUACUGUCGCUUUAUAUGUUUGACUUUUUUGCGAUGUACAUAUAAACUUUUAUGACAGACGAUAACGAUAAAUAGAUAAACGAUAAGUAUUUUUUACCUAAAUGUUAUUUCAUAUUUUUUUGUUUUUAGAUAAAGUACCGAUAGAUUAAGAGUUUAGUUCUUAAUACAAAAUUUAGAAAAAAAAUUAUAAAUUUUAUAAAUGUAAUUAAAAAUAUAAAUUUAUGUGAUAACUCGUAUAUAUAGUAUACAAAGCCUAAUUAUUCAAUGAUGUUAAUUUUUAUGCGUUUUUAUCAACUCGAAAAGUGAACUAUUAGGGUCACUUGUACCAAACUCUGAUUAACCUAAUCGUUGAUUAUUUCAUUGGAAUUGACCAAUCGUAUUUGUCGUUAAGCAAAAUUAACAAAUGCGAUUGCUCAAUUCUAAUGGAAUAAUCAACUAUUAGGUCAAUCGGAGUUUGGUGCAAGUGGCCCCUAUACGAGCAACACUUAAAAUUAAAAUCACAAUCACUGCAUAUAAGUUAUAACAAUAUGUUAUUUAAUAUUUUAAAAAUAUAACGCAAUAAAGUUAAAUAAUUUACGUUAUUGCAUUAUCAUUGAUGGAACAUUAGAUAACAUUUAAAAUUACAAAUAACAUUUUAUUUGUCUGACGCGUGUACAAAUUUAUUCCGUUAUAUUUUUUAAUAAUGAUAAAUGUCGAAAAAUAUGACUUAUUGAGAUAAAUAUCGCAUAUCUUUCAAUUAAUUAACAAUUUCUACUUGAUUCAUAAACGAUAUCAAGACAAUUGUUAUGCAAGCAAUUUAUGUAUUUAAAAUGCAAAUUAAAAGACUGAAAAUUUAACAUAUCUUUAUGUCAAAUCAUUUUCAUGUUUUAAAUUUUCCGCUAAUUUAAAUUUAAUUUGCCCGCCAUUUCCGGAAUCUGUAAAUGAAUAAAAAAAUCGGAAGAUCAUGAUUAAUAGUUUUAUACAUAUCAAUAAACAGUUUGUUGAUAAUUUAUUGAUAACACGCGCGUUUCAAAAAAUUUAUGCAAGUUACUUGAAACGUAUUGUAUCAAUAAUAUCAAAUCGUCAUUUAUAUUUUUGGUUAGUCAACCAUUACAUCGACUCACGUAGUUUCUCACGCGAGAUCAACAUGAAGUUGGCCGCGAGUUACAUAGUUGUUGUUAUGAACGUUAACCUGUGUACGAUUUCUUGAAUAGAUCGUUGUUUCGUGCGAUUGUAUUUCUCUUACGUUACCUUCUAGCCGUAAUAAAAGAUACAUCGCAAUCGCGGACGUGUAAAGUGUCACACGAUCAUCAUAUUUUGGCGAUUAAUAGGCGCGAGAGCGUAUGCUAACCUUUCCGCGAUUGCGAGUGUCAACACGCGGACCCGAGCUCAUUCAAUGCGGACAAACACGUAUACAUAAACAUAUACACAUACACUCAUCCAUAACUGACCCAUCUACAUAAAUACGACACAUACACAUACACACACCUACACAACAUUCAAUGCAGUAAAAUCAGUAAAAGAGUACGAGAGAAAGCCCAGUGUUACACGUGCCGUAUAUCUGCAGAAGAUCUGGCACAUUAAGCUCUCAAAAAAAAAAAAAAAAAAA